UUCUCGGGCAAAAAUAUAUACUCCCGUUACCUCGUAGGAAUCAACGGGAAAAUCAACCAGCAAUGGCUUCUUCCACCCUCCUCCUCCACCACUCUCGAACCCUCCUCCCACCCAGACAAAACCCUAACCCUCUCGCCGCUCGCGCCCCCAAACCCCCGUUCGUCCCUCUCCUCCGCCUCGACUCUCUCCCCAAGCCCCGCACGCUCUCUCUCUCCCCCUCCUCGAGACUUAGCCUCGCCGCCAGAGCCGCCGCUUCCUCGCCGCCGGCAACCGCUCCCGCUCCGUCGCCGCACGCAAAGCUCGGCGAAUCGAUCCGCACCGUGAGCUCCGUGCUUGCCCUCGCGGUAGGAGUGUCGGUUUCGAUUGCGAAGCUGGUCCAGACGCUUCCGUUCGAUAAAGCCCUCGCCUUGCUGUCAAAAUUGGUCCCCGGCCCGCAGGAGCUCGCCGCGGCUCGAGAGCUCGGAGGGAGCCUGUCGCAUGCGGCGGGGCCGCUGUUCUUCGCGGCGCUCCGCGACCGCCCCAGCGGGCACCUGAACACGCCCCUGACGGUGGUCGCCGCCGGCCUGGCGAAGUGGCUCGAUAUCUACAGCGGGGUUCUGAUGGUCAGGGUUCUGCUCAGUUGGUUCCCGAACAUCCCGUGGGAGCGGCAGCCGUUGUCGGCGAUUAGGGACUUGUGCGACCCCUAUUUGAAUUUGUUUAGGAAUAUCAUUCCCCCGAUUUUCGAUACUUUGGACGUGAGCCCGCUUUUGGCUUUCGCAGUGUUGGGGACUCUCGGUUCGUUCCUGAAUAACAGCAGGGGAAUGUAUUGAAUAACCAGAGGAGAGUGGUGUGGAUAGUAUGGUGGGAAAUGGGGUCGGUGGACGGUUGUUAUAGUGAGCGAAAACGUUAUUGUUUUUUGUUGAAUUUAGAUUUCAUAAGCUGCUUUGUAUGAUUGUACACUGAGUAUUAGUUGUUGUAAUCCAUAGUGGUUAUAUGGGUUUUGCCGAGCUAAUAAAAAUAUUGGAAAUUUUGAAGUUUUGAUGGUAUGUUGAGGUAUAGUUAUUGAA